ACGGAAUGUGGUUGUCAGUUCACGUCAAAAUUGGAAGGAAUGUUCAAAGAUAUGGAACUAUCGAACACGUUGAUGGCGGAUUACCGGGAUUACAAAGAGAGAAUGGAAAAUGUUCAUGAACCAGUGGAAAUUAAUGUGCGUGUACUGACAAGCGGUUAUUGGCCAACACAAUCCGCUCCGGACUGUGUCCUUCCAGCAGCUGCCGCUCAGGCAUUCGAGAGUUUCAGAGCGUUCUACCUAAGCAAACAUAAUGGCCGUAAAAUCUCAUUGAAUCCAAUGCUUGGUCAUGCUGAUGUGAAGGCUGUUUUUUACAAUACGUGUGUAAAUCCCGAAGAAUUGAGCCAACAGGAAUCUGAUCUUGCUGGACCAUCGAUGGUUCCUCGUGUUAAAGAGGAGCACAAGAUACUGACA